CAGUAACAGUAACUAUACCCCACUCUCUCUUUCCUCCGUCAACCGAACAAACAGAAAAAGAAAAAAUCCUCCCAUUCUAUUCUCUCCUUUUCUUCUGGGGCUCUAACAAAAGGAGAGAGAGCGAUUUCUACCCGAUUCUGAAGGAGAGGUUAGGCGAUCUCCGCGGCAAGGUUUCAGAGGGAAGGAUUAUUGGUAUUAUUUAUCAAUAGAGAGAAAUGGGGACGCUUCAGACAUGGAGAAAAGCCUAUGGUGCACUUAAGGACCAAACAAAAGUUGGACUUGCCCAUGUUAAUAGCGAUUUUAAGGAUUUGGAUGUGGCGAUUGUUAAGGCUACUAAUCAUGUCGAGUGUCCACCCAAAGAAAGGCAUCUUAGAAAAAUUUUGCUUGCCACAUCAGCUGUUCGACCGCGUGCUGAUGUUGCAUACUGCAUACAUGCGCUUGCUAGGCGAUUGGCAAAGACGCAUAAUUGGACGGUAGCAUUGAAGACACUGAUAGUUAUUCAUAGGGCUUUGAGGGAAGGUGAUCCUACAUUCCGGGAAGAACUUUUGAAUUUCCAGCAGAGAGGACAUGUACUACAAAUGUCCAAUUUCAAGGAUGAUUCAAGCCCUAUUGCUUGGGAUUGCUCUGGCUGGGUGCGCACUUAUGCUCUCUUUCUGGAAGAGCGACUUGAAUGCUUUAAGAUUCUCAGGUAUGAUAUUGAAGCUGAGCGUCUUCCUAGGCCAGCCCAAGGACAAGAAAAGGGUUACAGCAGAACAAGGGAGUUGGAUAGCGAAGAGCUUCUAGAGCACUUACCCUCUUUGCAGCAGCUGCUAUAUCGUCUUAUUGGAUGUCGGCCUGAAGGAGCAGCUGUCCACAAUUAUGUAAUUCAGUAUGCCUUAGCUCUGGUGCUCAAGGAGAGCUUUAAAAUUUAUUGUGCUGUAAAUGAUGGGAUUAUCAAUCUUGUUGACAAGUUUUUUGAGAUGCCUAGACAUGAAGCAAUUAAAGCCCUUGAGAUAUAUAAAAGAGCUGGGCAGCAGGCAGCAAGCCUUUCUGAUUUUUAUGAAGUUUGCAAAGGGUUAGAACUUGCCAGGAAUUUCCAGUUUCCUGUGUUGCGAGAGCCGCCACAAUCCUUUCUUGUGACGAUGGAAGAGUACAUAAGAGAAGCACCAAAGAUGGUGUCUCUUCCGGCGCAGCCCUUGGAAUACCCAGAAAGACUUUUGUUGACCUACAAACCCCAGGAAGAACCUUUACCUUCUGAGGAACCAGAAGUCGUGGCUGAUGAACCUAAGCCAGUGCCUUUAGAUGAUGCUGCUGUCUCAACUGCUGCGGUUGCUGCCCCAUUACCCCCACCUGCGAACAAGUUGCAUACUGAUGAUUUGCUGGGUUUAAAUGCCAUUUCACCUGAUGCAUCUGCUAUUGAGGAAAGUAAUGCUUUGGCUUUAGCCAUAGUUCCAUCCGGUACGACAGAUUCUAGUUCUGCUUCAAUAAAAGACUUUGACCCAACAGGAUGGGAACUUGCCCUAGUAACUACUCCCACCAGCAACUUAUCGUCCUCCCAGGAGAGGCAGUUGGCUGGUGGAUUGGACACGCUCACGCUCAAUAGUUUGUAUGACGAUGGAGCAUAUAGAGCCGCCCAGCAACCAAUGUAUGGAGUACCUGCCCCCAAUCCGUUUGAAGUGCACGAUCCAUUUGCAGUGUCAAAUAACAUUCCUCCUCCUCAUUCAGUUCAAAUGGGUGCUAUGCCUCAGCCUCAGGCAAAUCCAUUUGGUCCAUUCCAACCUGUCUAUCCACAGAACCAGCAGCAGCAACACUACAUGAUGAGCCAACAAAAUCCCUUUGGAGAUGCUGGUUUUACUGCAUUUCCUGUCAAUUCUGUUGGGCAUCCCCAGACAACCAAUCCAUUUGGGAGCACCGGGCUUCUAUAAUAGAAAAUGUUGCCGAUUCGGCUUAGUUGAUUUUGGUACAUUUUGGAAUGGAGAGCGGAGUGUGGGCUUGUGUAUUUUAUCCACAUGAUAGUAUAUGAUUUUGCAGCUUGUGUUGAGAAUGUAAAGGUAGUUGAUUGAUAAUGAAGAUGCUACUCUUUAGAUAGGGCUGAUUACACGAUUAAUAAGUGCUAAAUUAUCUGUGCCAAUUGAAUUAAAUCGGUUUA